GCAGGGAGGGUGGUGGACGGCGAAGUCUCCUGCGGAUGCCGCCCGCUCCCGAGCUUCUGUCAGGGGAGCCAGGCGUGCGGAGGCGGCUGAGGAGGCGGGAAGGCGGCAGUGGUUGAAGGGGUGAUUGCUGACUAGCGGGGAGGGAGUGGGCAGCGAUGGUGAUGGCGGCGAAGAAGGGCCCGGGCCCGGGCGGCGGGGUCAGCGGGGGCAAGGCGGAGGCGGAGGCGGCCUCGGAGGUGUGGUGCCGUCGGGUGCGGGAGCUGGGUGGCUGCAGCCAGGCCGGGAACCGCCACUGCUUCGAGUGCGCCCAGCGCGGGGUCACCUACGUGGAUAUCACCGUGGGCAGCUUCGUGUGCACCACCUGCUCCGGCCUCCUGAGAGGGCUGAACCCCCCUCAUCGUGUCAAGUCAAUCUCCAUGACAACUUUCACUGAGCCUGAAGUAGUAUUCCUGCAAUCCCGUGGAAAUGAGGUUUGCCGGAAGAUUUGGUUGGGUCUAUUUGAUGCUCGGACAUCUUUAGUACCAGAUUCCAGGGAUCCUCAGAAAGUGAAGGAGUUUCUCCAGGAAAAAUAUGAGAAGAAGAGAUGGUAUGUCCCCCCAGACCAAGUCAAGGGGCCCACUUAUACCAAAGGCAGUGCCUCCACCCCUGUGCAGGGCUCCAUCCCAGAAGGGAAGCCCCUUCGGACACUUCUGGGUGAUCCUGCACCGUCUCUCUCAGUUGCUGCCUCCACCUCGAGCCAGCCCAUCAGUCAGUCUCACGCUCGGACAUCCCAGGCCCGGAGCACUCAGCCACCUCCCCACUCCUCUGUCAAAAAAGCCAGUACUGACCUGCUGGCUGACAUCGGUGGAGACCCCUUUGCUGCACCCCAGAUGGCACCAGCUUUUGCUGCAUUCCCUGCCUUUGGGGGCCAGACACCUUCCCACGGAGGCUUUGCCAACUUUGAUGCCUUUAGCAGUGGCCCCAGCUCUUCUGUGUUUGGAAGCCUCCCUCCAGCUGGUCAAGCCCCGUUCCAGGCCCAGCCAACUCCUGCAGGGAGCAGCCAGGGGACUCCAUUCGGUGCCGCUCCCCUGGCACCCGCCAGUCAGCCAAACAGCCUCGCAGACGUGGGCAGCUUCCUGGGACCCGGAGUGCCCGCUGCAGGUGUUCCUAGCAGCCUCUUCGGGAUGGCUGGCCAGGUCCCCCCGCUCCAGUCUGUCACGACGGGCGGCGGCGGCAGCAGCACAGGGCUGGCCUUUGGAGCCUUCACUAACCCUUUCGCAGCUCCCGCUGCCCAGUCCCCGCUGCCUUCCACCAACCCGUUCCAGCCCAAUGGCUUGGCGCCAGGGCCCGGCUUUGGGAUGAGCAGUGCUGGGCCUGGCUUCCCCCAGGCAGUGCCACCCACCGGGGCCUUUGCCAGCUCCUUCCCAGCACCGCUGUUCCCCCCACAGACCCUGCUGGUUCAGCAGCAGAAUGGCUCUUCCUUCGGGGACUUAGGAUCAGCCAAGUUGGGGCAGAGGCCACUGAGCCAGCCAGCUGGGAUCUCCACCAACCCCUUCAUGACUGGACCCUCAUCAAGCCCAUUCGCCUCCAAGCCUCCAACCACCAACCCCUUCUUGUAGCACUGUGUUUUUGGGGGGCCUCUUCCCUGCCUUCUGGGGCCCCUCUGCUCCCUAGAGCUCUGGUGACCACUUGCCUGUGGGCAUUUCUAUGGGCCUUGGGGAUGGUGGAGGUGCUAAUGCUUUGCUUGGGGCCUACAGGUGAAAGGUGGCUGCCCUCAGAUUCCACAAAGCCUCUGCUCCCCUCCCUCGUCCCACCCCCACCCAGGCAGGAAGCCCAGGAGGAGUGCGGGCAGGGCCUGACCUGGAGGAGUGAUGGUUGACGGGGAGGGAUUUUUUUCAAAUGAUCAGUUCCCUGUGGAACAGCUCUUCCCUGGGCCUAGCUCGCCAGCGCUGUGCUCCUCAUGGACGGGAGCGCAGUGGGGAAGGUAGGGGAAAGAUGAGGCACAGUGUUGAUGGGGCAGUGACCAGACAGUCCUGAGACCCAGAAGGCCCAGGUGGCCCAAGUGCUCUUGGUGGCCCAGCUUGGCUAGCACACACUUUCCUCCUGCAGCACCCCCUGCUGAAGGGAUCCCCCAUUGUUUUGCUUCCCCAGUGCCCAGGAUGAGCGGUUUACCAUCGAGCUCACCCCGGCCCGGCUCCUGUCAAGCACUUUAGUUAGCUGUUGGUGUCAUGUUUGGAUACCAGUGUUUUAUAUUUAUACAUAGAGAGGAUUUUCUAAUAUAGCCUAUUAUAUAUAAAUAGAUCUAUCUAUAUGCACAUACAUACAUAUAUACACACACCCAGCCGAUCUCCCGCUCCCAGACUGCUCUCGUAUGUGGGGAAUGGGAUGAAUCCCCAUCUGUGCCUCAACCAUCAAAGCCGGAGCUCCAGGGCUGGAGGGGGGCAGCCAUGUGUCCUGACCCCCACCAUCCCCAGAGCCUGGGUUUUCCAGGGAAAGGCUUUGUGCAAUUGCCUGGUCUUUUUUUUUUUUUUUUUUUCUUUUUCUCCAUGUGCUUCCCUGUCCCCAAAUCUCUGCACCAAAGCUCAUUGCAGGCAAUGUUGGAAAAGAACUGCAUUUGAACGAAAGAGAAAACGGCGCCUGUGGUUUUGCUUCAGGCCACUUUGAGGGGUUGCAGGUCAGUCAACAUGACUGAUCCUUGACCUGGCUCUGCUGGGCUGGACUGCCUGGGCCAGUGAUAAUGCUGCCAUUGGCCAGAGACAGGGCAGAGCCCGUCCCUGUCUGAACAAGAGUCCCGCAUUAGCAAUGAGAAGAAGCGUGGCGGGAGAGGAGCCACCACUGCCAGGGACUGGAGUUUGUUGGAUGUGAGGGGAAUGCCCACUGGGGCCAGGGUGGGCAAAGGAGGUUGGUGCCAAUGUGGUGCUGGAAGUAGACCCCUCCUGGGUCUGGAACAUUCUCUGCCCCAGGCUCUUUCCACCUGGGGAUGUUGUGGCAACAUCCAGCCGUGGUGUCUGGGCUAUUUGUGUGGUGACAAGACAGACCUGGUCAGGGGGUGGGUGGCAAACACCUCACCUGGCUGGGCAGAGGCCACCUUGCUGUUUGGCCCAAGGCCAGGUGAGGCCCCUCCCUUUCCACCAUUGCCCUGGCCCCGUGGCCAUUCAUUCUUGGGGUUUGUCUGGUUCUUCCACAGAGAGCAGCAAAGAGAUAUGGGAGUUGGGUGAUCAGUGUAUUUACUUUGCAGAUUUUUCUGGAAAUAACCUCUAGCUGCUGCUAUUUACAAGGCUGGGAUUGGCCUCCCUGUCUUUUCCAACAAUCAGGACCCAUCCUGUCUGUUCCUGUUCUUCUCCCAGCCUCUGCCCUCCUUCUGUCUCCUGGGUGGUCUCCCGCUUCGCUCCUGGCCUUUGCAUGUUCCAUCUCUUCUCUUUCUCCCCUCUUCACCACCCUAGAUUAUCUCUGUGUCCCUCUACCUAAUUCUCUUACCAGUUCUUUCCUUUCCGCUUAGAGCCGGAGGGAGGGAAGCUGGAAUCUGUUAUGGUGUAUUAGGGGGAGGAGCCUUUCUGUUAUUUCCCCCAGCUUCCAUCACCCUUCCCUUAAUGCCAGGAGCGCUGAGGUUUGGAACUGAGGCUAAACCGAAGGGCUUUCCCCUGCUUCUGUCACCCUGUGCUGUCUCCCGGCAUCUCCUCACUCUCUGGGUCCAGGCCUGGGUCCUCCCUGCAGACUCCCUCCCCUCCAGCCCACAAGGACUCCAGCCUGCUGGCUGGUGAGAGCUGGAUGAGCAGUAAGAAGUUAAAGCCAGGUCAGCCUCGGGCCCCAGGGUUCCCUGGGCACAGGCUGACACUAGGAGCUGCCCUCCUUGGCCGGGGACAGCUCCAGCAGCUCAGGCUCCAGCCCUCCAAUGAGCCGCCUCUCCUGGAGAGUAGCAAAGAAUGGAGAAAGGCCUGGCUUGAGAGGAAAUGGAGAAGACAUUGCCUGGUAGCUGCAGAUUCAAACCCACCACACACACCACGGGGCUAGAGUGACUCACCUGGGCUCACACCAACUUCUGGCCAAUGCGGGGACCAUGCUCUGCAGACAGCAGUCCUCUAGCAUGGCCCCAGCAUUCAGCCGGUCGGUCACCUGUGGGCCAUCCCCAUGUGUGAGGAAGCAGGAGUCAGCCGCCAAGUGUCUCCACAUCGGAGCUUGCGGGUCAGACCUGUGGGCCAGGGGAUGGGAGCAGGGCUGAGGGUAGGGGCUGAAUGUGUGGCUCUGUCCCUGUGUUGCCUUCCACAGAGGAGCAAGGCCUCAGGCUGAGGAAGGAGGGGCACGCUGGAACAGCCUAGUCUCCUCCCCGUGGAUUCCCCCAAACCCAUAACAUUCUUCCAUAGGGGCUGAGAACGCAGUGCCCCGUCCCUGACAGGGAUGAAAAGUGGAUCCCUCAGGUCAGGAGAGGCAGAAUUGAGGUUCUGCCACUUCCUGUCCCUGGGGAGCCACUCAAGUUACCAGGGCUACCGGCUGAAAUAAAUCUUUUCAGGGUAGGGCCAAGGGCAGUGUGUUGCCAAGGCAACUGAUGUAGGCCAGUUGCGUGACUCCAGGCUUGUCCUGGUACUCAGUGGGUCCAAUCACCUGGCAUUGAUCACCUGGCAUUGAUCAGCACCCACCCCACCCCUGAGGCUUGCCCAGCCCCCCAGGCCCUCAGAUCCCUGCUUUUCCUGCCUUUCCUGCCCAUGCGUCACCCAGCACCCAAGGUUCAGUGACACAGGGUGGUUUGGAGCUGGUCACUGUCAUAGCAGCUGUGAUUUCACAAGGAAGGGUGCUGCAGGGGGACCUGGUUGAUGGGGAGUGGGAAGGGGAAGGUAUAAAGAGAUCUUCCUCAGGUAU